UAUGAGACUCUCAGCUCAGACCGGAAAGAACAAGCUUCUCAUUUUUGUCCCUGUUGCAAACCAGCUGUUACAUAUCACAGUGCCUGCUGGGCUCCUGAGCUCUUACCUCAGCUUCCAGUCGUCCAGGAGGUUGGAUAUAGCAUUUCAGAAAGUGAUGAUAUGGAGGUCUGUGAAAACACCAGUUGCAUCUGGAAAUCUUCAAAUACAGGAUGCCAAGAGGGGACCCAAAAUGAGCUUAAAACUGUUACCACUAUGAAGCCAUUCACACCUUUGGAGCCAGAAGUGAGGCUUCAUAUUACUGGCUGGUGCAAUGAUUGCUGUAAGUUAAUUUCUCCUGUGUGGACAAAGUUGUGGAACAUUGAAACCAGAAAGCAGCUGAGAAAUAUGUUUGGCCACCUGUCUGUAAUUGGCUGGAAUCAUUGUAUUCUGAGCAGUGGUUCACUACUAGGAUCCCUCUGUCACUAUGAUGUUCAGGUUGCUCAGCACCAUGUUGGGACUCUUUGUCAAAACAAACAAAACACUUGCAGCCUGAAAUUGUCACUAGCCAACCUGUUGCUGGCAUUUGGGUCUAGGAGUGGUAUAUUGAAUAUCUGGCAUAGCAACCCUGGUGUGAAAUUGCAGUCACAGACACUGGAAACCAUACUUCAUUUCUUAGCAGUUAAAGCUAUAAACUGGCGUCCUUGGCAGUCAAAAGCCCUUGCUAUAGGAGGUGGAAUGAAAGAUGGGAUUUUGCGUGUCUGGCACAUAAAUUGUGAGAAAAUCAUCCAAAGUGCAGUUACAGAUUCGCAGAUUGCAAGGAUUUCUUCCUUGCUCUGGUUACCCGGUGAACUGAUAAUGGGACAAGGCCUUCCUGGAAAUCAGAUGAAAAUACAGAAGUAUCCAGUGCUUGUCAAUUCAUUAGAACUCUAUGGCAAGUAUUUCAGUUAUUUAUCUGUCAAAUCAGUCUGGUUUUGCAAGUGCAUACCUGAUGUAAAAAAAAGAGUAAAGAGCAGUCACCUACACAUCUUUGUUCAUGUGCAUAAUCCCGAUUUGUGGGAUUGUAAUGGCUGACUUAUUAAGAACGUGGUAAAAAAUUCUGCUGUGAAAUUUCCUUGUUUUUUGUGAUGGGAUCCUUUCCUAUAAUUCCUAAGGCCAUGCCAGGUGCAAUAUGUGUAUUUCCACUUCUUCCUAAGGCUUACCAGGCCAGGAUUGAAUGUGCUAAUGUCAGGUUGCUUCCAGUGUAUUCUGGCUGAUGACCUUCUAGACAACAUAAACAAACCAGAUGUGCUUUUGCCUCUCAUGAUGUGAGGAUACUGAACCAGGUUUCAAACGAUGUCUAAACCAAAUCUCCAUGUGUUAUUUAGACACGUCUGUGUUUUAAUGAAGGAUUUUGCUGUGAAGAAAUGCACUGCAGAACGUUUCCCUUGUACCCUGCUGACUGCUAGAGAAAGUGGAGUUUCCUUGUAGCUCUGUAUUGUUCUGCGGUGCUGUAGGGCUAUACCAUAUGCAGAAGCUGUUUCUUGAUAUUAGUCCUCCUUGUCUCUGGUCUAUUCAAGAGCAAAACCCCAGAUCAUUGCUACACAGACAUAUUCCUGCUUACAAAGACUCCUAAUAACUUACUGUCAGCAAUUGAAUGUUGGAAAAAAUUGUGGAUGUAUCAAAAUAUGGUCAGAAUAAAUACUGUGAUGGAUGAUUUUGA